GAAGAACAGAAGAAGUGGUCGUCGCAAGCAAGUCGACAGACUUGCCUGCUCUCGGUACCACUUGCGAACCAUCUCGCGAACAGAAGUACUCGCUCCGUGGUACGACCCGAAACCGGUCUUGGCGUACGUGAUCAGCUGGAAUAACGGCGACAAACGAGUCCUGCUACUGACUUUCGGACGUUCCGCAGGAAAUGAGACGGUUCGUUUAGCGUUUGAUAGUAGAUUUGUGGUCGCUUUUGUGGUGUAAUUGGCGUGCUGUGAGAUGUACUUAAUUGUUGUUUUUUCUGCUCUUCAGGCCGCGGCGCUCGCCGAUGUUACUGUCGUUCAAAACCUGAUGGGAGAACCUGACUACAGGCAAGUCCGACUGCACUGGGAAGUGAACUCUUCUGCGGUGCCGAAAAAUGGAUUCAGCGUCCGUUACUGCGAGCUACAGACUUGGGGCGCGCAGCGAUGCCGCAUUCACAAUACUACCGACUCCUCGGACCGUAACAACAUCGACGCAGAAGAUAAUUUAGCGGCGUUCAAGGCGGAAAUCAAGGGCCUGAGGAUGGCCACUACGUACACCUUUGAGGUCAGGGACGUCAAGGACGAGAAGGGCGAGAGAGAGGAAAGGGCCGAAGGAGAUGAUAAGAACCAGAACAUUAUUGUGAUACCUACCAAAGGAUUUUCAGCCAAAGCGACGCAAUGUCUUCCGCACGCGAGCGAGAUAGAAGUAUCGACGGGCCCGUUCUUCGGAGGAAGAAUCGCUGUGGAAGCCACUGACGGCGAAAGAUGUGCCAUCGAUGGCGAACCAGAUAGCCCCAGAGACACGUACACACUGCGCAUUAAUCACACCGAAUGCGGCAGCCAAGUCAACGAAACUACCGUUGCAACGUUCGUUUUAGUGCAGGAGAACCUGCCAAUUUUGACGCACAGUACCAGAAGGUGGGUAACUUUGAUUGAGCUUUGUCAUGUAAAAGAAGAAGUAGGAGAAACCAUAGCUCCCAUCUCCCAUAGAAGCAACAUAGUACCGAUCUUCGUAAUCACAAUGCUGGUCAUUGCAGGAGUUAUAAGCAUCGUAGCGCUGGUCCUGAAAUUGGCAGGAAAGAAACUGAUCGAAGAAUUCGACAAUAUUUCCAUAGCUUCCGAUAUUUCGACGAGCAGUUGCAGUACCGUAACGGAAAUAGAAGCCUCAGAAACGAAUAAGGAGAAAAGUAAAGGCGAGUCGCCAACUGUAUGA